AUGGAGGGCGCCCCUGAAUUUAAGACGCCACGUCACGCGACGCUAGAGGACGUCAGGGGGCUCAUCUUCGCAGGCAUCCUUCGGCAGGAGGAGGUCGAUAUCCCCGACUUCGUACUCCCUGAGCGCCCACCGCAUUGGAAACUGCCAACCCCACCGGAUCUCAAGACCAACGCGUAUCUCGUGGGAGUCCCAGGGACCGUGAACGACAUUCGCGCGGGUGCAUUCGCCAUGGAAGACUUCGGCGGCGCGUCUACGCUGAUCGGCUUCUUGGAGCUCUCCGACGAGGAUCUUCAGGGGUUGAAUGAAGUCUGUGGCGCCAAAGCUGGGAUCGACGUCCUGUGUCCACGUCGUUCGCCUCUUUCCGCAUUCGAGUUGGACAACACCCUGAAUUCCAUCGGUAUUCGACGCGAAAUGGCCUCACUCCUGCGUCACAUCAACAGCACAAGGCUCGCUGAGCGCGUGUUCAAGAUGACUGGUCACCUGCGUCGAGUCCUCGGGGCCUACCAAAACAUGAGUUCCCUGGCUGACUCUCAGCAGGGUUUCACCGCUACUCAGGCAGUAGUCGACACGCGACGCAAGUACAAGGAACUGAAGCGCGCCUGGAAAUUCACGUGCGACUACUGGUUCCUGGAGGUCCAAGAGGCCCUGGGCAAGGUGGAUGAUGCUGAGUCCAAGUACAAAGUCGCGCUGGGCGAACGGAAGACGCGGUACCAAGACGAGAUUGAUUCUCUGGAGUCCGAGAAGGUGCAACUCAAGGCGCGCCUUGCCGACUCUGAGGCACAAUUCUCUGACUUCCUCCAAAACCACACAGACUUCACGGGCAAUUGGGAGCGUCUCCACGACCUCUUCAAUCUCUGCAUCAAGGACGCGAAGCCUCCUGAAUCCUGGGACACUGUCAUUAACGUCACAGCCAUGGACAAGCGCAAGGCUGCGGUGGCCCCGUAUCCAGAGAAGAGCACUCGUAUGCCUCCGUCUUCAGGGUCUGGGUCGUCCAGUCGUCCUGAAAUUCUGGAUCUCACGGGUCCUGGCAGCAAGUCUGGCAGCGACGCGAAGGCCGGAGGCAAAACGCAGGAUUCCAGGAAAUCUCAGGGUUCCAAGAAGGGCCAAGGCUCCAGAAAAUCACGGGACUCUGAGGCGCCAGACACGCAGUCGAAGUCCGCAAGCCCCCAGGUUCACAAGGUCCAGCGUCGUCCCAAGGAUCAUCAGCCUGGCCGCGACUCCGAAGUUCGACCAGACGUGCGUCAGGCCAUUCUUGCUGGGCUCAAGUACGAUACAGCCAUGGAGUGGAUCGGCAGCGACCGGGCGGCUCACGGGCACUUCAGGCAGCCGCAGCUGAUCAAGAUGCUCGUGAUCAUGAUGUACACUCGUCGUCGUCUUGACCUGACUCCCUGGAGCAAGUUCGUCCCUGAAGCCUACUACGAAAUGGCAGACGAGCGUCUGGACAGGCGCCUUCGACGCGGUGAUCCUCCCGCCCAGGAACCUGAGGAGAGCGCCUCUAGUAGUAGCUCUGAAGAGGAGGAGGUCACCCUUGAAACUCUGGAGGAGAUCGAGGACGCAGAGGACGACGACGACGCAGAGGACGACAAUGGGUCGAAGAAGAAACGUCGCACGGGAAACAAGACACACACUCCUACCACUCAGGGUUCUAGCAUCCGUCGGCGCUCGCGCGGAAAUCAUAAUCGGAGCUCGUUGGUGACGGCCGAAGAUCCUGUGGACAACGAGACUUCCUGGCGCGUCUAUGGGGUUCUUGUGCAAUAUCCAAGUUCGACCAAGAGUGCGUCUUGCCAGACUCCCGGGUUCCUAGAGUACGAGAUCCACAAGUAUUCGUACGACGUUGUUCACGAGCGCUGGGACCAGCUACUCUCCGCGAAAGCGCUCAAGCUGAUGGAGGACGUCGUGGACGUCAUGCACAAGAACGCACAGGCAAUCUGGGAGCGCGGGCACUGGGUGCCUAUUCCGACUGAAGAACAAGCAGACGCCACCAUGGAAUAUCAGCGGAAGUCGCGUCGAAACGCGCUACGCAGAGCGUACAAGACGCUCGUUGAGCGCUCGCGCAACACCCCUGGGUUCAUCCCGUCGUUGUGGCACGAACCGGGCCUCUGGAAGUUCCCGGACAAGUGCUGCUACUGGAUUUGGGAGGAUCCCAGGGGGGGGGGCUAA